UGUGUAAAUCAUGGUUUCUCGCCGGUUACAGGUGAACGGGAGGGAUCUGUCGAGAGCGAGCCAUGAUGAGGCGGUCGAAGCUUUCCGUAGCGCCAAAGAUCCCCUCGUGGUGCAGGUGCUCCGGCGGACCCCUCUGCCCCGGGGUCAGGGGUCAUGCCAGGACCUCCAGGUGGUGGACGUGUGCACGCAGACGGAGAUCACCUUCGAGCACAUCAUGGCUCUGGCCAAACUCCGUCCUGCAACCCCACCCGUGCCGGACAUCUGCCCGUUCCUCCUGUCGGACAGUUGUCACUCUCUGCACACGAUGGAUCAGGAAUACCUCGAGGGAAGCGAGUACAUGGUGGCAGACGUCGAGAGGACCGAUGACUUCGAGUACGAGGAGGUUGAACUGUGUCGGAUGAGCCGUCGAGAGAAGCUCGGACUCACACUGUGUUACAGGACAGAUGAGGAGGAGGACAUCGACAUCUACGUCAGCGAGAUCGAGCCGAACAGCAUCGCGGCCCGAGACGGUCGGAUCCGAGAAGGAGACCGUAUUCUACAGAUCAAUGGGCGGGACGUUCAGGACAGAGAGGAAGCUGUGGCCGUUCUCACUAAUGAAGAAAGCAGGAAUAUCGUUCUGCUGGUCGCCAGGCCGGAAAUGCAGGAGGAGCCGUGGCUGGACGAUGAACACAGCGAGUUCCUCGAGGAGCUGAAGAUGGAGAUGCUGGAGGAGCAGAGGAGAGAAGAGGAGGAGGAGAGGGAGCGAGCCGAGGAAGACAAGGUGAGAGAAACAUCUCGCACUCCAGCAUCGAAACCUUCUUAAAUCAAGAUACCGUCCUGCUCCUACAACCAGCAGAAGAUCAGUCCUCCUGACGGUCCGGAGAAGAAGGUGCUCGCUCAGAUCCAGAAGAGACUGUCGCGGUGUCUGCGGGAGGGUUCCGGUCAAAGAGACGGCCCGGAGAAGGAGCUUCCCGAAGGAGACCGAUAUCAGCAGCUGCUGGAGCUCAAGUGUCAGAUCCGCAACAGCGGCGAGUUCGACCUCUUCUACUCGCGCAGCAGCACCAUCGAGUGUAGCGGCGUCCAGCACGAGCUCCGCAUGCUCAACGAGGAGCUGCGUAGCAUCGAGAUCGAGUGCCAGAACAUCAUGCGGGCGCAUCACCGGAAAGAACCGGGGAAGAAGCUCGCGGACAUCAGCGAGCAUCCGGAGAAGUCGGAUAAGGACAGUUCGAGCGCGUACAACACGGCGGAGAGCUCGCGUAGCACGCCGCUAGCGAUGGACCGCUCGCCCGACCACAGGAUAGUCAGCCUCACUAAUCAUAGGAACCUUCGUGGAUCAUCCGUCAGGAGCGGCAGUCCCGAUCACAGCAACCCGUCGGAGUCUCCCGUGGAAGACGAGCGAUCUUUGAGGACUCGAAUUGCCGCUUUAUCAAGAGCGCCAGAUACGCGACACUACCAGAGCUACAUGGAGUUAGCACACGGUCUGCUAGGCAUGAGCGAUCCGCAAGUCGUCCAGCCGUCCGAACCCAAAAUGGAGUGGAAAGUGAAAGUCAGGAGCGACGGAACCAGAUACAUCACCAAACGUCCAGUCCGAGAUCGUCUACUCCGGGAGCGAGCCCUUAAAAUCAAGGAGGAGCGCAGCGGCGGGAUGACGACCGAUGACGACGCCAUGAGCGAGAUGAAGAUGGGCCGCUACUGGAGCAAAGAGGAGCGUAAGCAGCAUCUGCUACGGGCUAAAGAGCAGCGGCGGCGGAGGGAGUUCAUGCAGCAGAGCCGCCUGGAGAGUCUGCGGGAGAGUCCACUCAGCGCCGGAGAGGUGAGCAUCAUCCAGCUCAGCCAGCGCAAGAUGAUGAAGAAGCGGAACAAGAAAAUUCUGGACAACUGGAUGACGAUUCAGGAGUUGAUGACGCACGGGGAGAAAGCGCCAGAAGGAUCCAAAGUGCAUAACGCCUUCCUGUCGGUUACAACUGUAUAGAUUCACAUGCAAGUUACCCAUUUACCCAUGUGGUACGAUCUACAUUUGCCUCGUUCAAUGUGGCAAUUUUUAUGAGAAGAGACCAGAUGAAUAUUUUUCACACUUUGUUAAUGUUUUCUAAGCAAUUAAACAAGUCUCAUUGCAUUUUUUUUUUUUACAGUUUUUGUUACUGUAAUAUUUCAAGGAAGGUACCUAAGGGAAUAUUUCACUCAAAGAUUGUUGUCAUAAGUCACAUAUUCAACACAAACCUGUAUGCCUUUCUAAGCCUCUAGUUGGAUAUGAUGGGAGGAAAAACAUGAUAUUGGAGGAAAAAA